UGAAGCAAACUGCUGACGGUAUCCAGGGACGAUAUGGAUUAAAGUGUCCGCAGCGCCAUGGAGAUGAUGGAUUAAAGUCUGUGUGGUAGCGCUGCAGUGUCGCCGAGACGAUGUCCAACACGGCGAGGAGCGGGGACAUCAUCCACCUCAACGUCGGGGGGAAGAGAUUCAGCACUUCCCGACAAACGUUGACAUGGGUCCCUGACUCCUUUUUCUCCAGUCUGCUGAGCGGUCGGAUCUCAACGUUGAAAGAUGAAACUGGUGCUAUCUUUAUUGAUCGAGACCCAUCUCUGUUCGCCUCCAUCCUCAACUUCCUGCGGACUAAAGAGCUGCACCCUCGCUCCAUCAACGUGCUCCUGCUCCUGCACGAGGCUGAGUUCUACGGCAUCACACCGCUGGUACGCAAGUUACAGUUGUGUGAUGAGCUGGACCGCUCCUCAUGUGGAAAUGUGCUCUUCAAUGGCUACUUACCUCCACCAGUCUACCCAGCAAAGCGUAGAAACCGGCACAGUGUGGCAGGACCCCAGUUCAUGGCUGGCCGUCUGGUGCCUGCAGAGAGAGCGCCGGUGCGACGCAGCAACACCAUGCCUCCUAACCUGGGGAACUCUGGGAUGCUGGCCCGAGCCAACACUGAGGACAGAGGGACUGCUGGCCAGGUGUCAGACCCAGGCAUGGUGCGGAUCAUCUGUGGACAUCAUAACUGGAUUGCUGUGGCCUACGCCCAGUUUGUGGUCUGCUACCGAGUGAAGGAGUCUACGGGCUGGCAGCAGAUCUUCACCUCUCCCCGAUUGGACUGGGUGAUUGACAGGGUGGCCCUCAACGCCAAGGUGAUGGGCGGAUCCCUAGGUGACAAUGAUAAGAUGGUGGCAGUUGCCUCGGGAACAGAGAUCAUCUUGUGGGCCAUCUGCCCUGAUGGGAACGGAAAUGAGAUUGGUGUCUUCAGUCUCAAUGUCCCGGUGGAGGCUCUCUUCUUCGUUGGUAACCAGCUCAUUGCCACCAGCCACACAGGGAAAGUUGGGGUGUGGAAUGCUGUAACCAAGCACUGGCAGAACCAGGAUGUGGUUCCUAUCAACAGUUACGACACAGCUGGUUCCUUCCUCAUCCUGGGCUGCAACAACGGCUCCAUCUACUAUAUAGAUGUGCAGAAGUUUCCUCUGAGGAUGAAGGAUAAUGACCUGCUGGUGACUGAGCUCUACAGAGACCCCACCGAAGACGCCAUCACUGCCCUUAGUGUCUACCUGACACCCAAAACUAGUGACAGUGGUAACUGGAUCGAGAUCGCGUAUGGGACCAGUUCUGGUACGGUCCGGGUCAUCGUGCAGCACCCAGAGACGGUGGGCUCUGGUCCACAGCUCUUCCAGACCUUCUCUGUUCACCGCAGCCCCGUCACCAAGAUCAUGCUGUCAGAGAAACAUCUCAUCUCAGUGUGUGCGGACAACAACCAUGUGCGCACGUGGACGGUGACUCGUUUCAGAGGAAUGAUCUCCACCCAGCCCGGCUCUACCCCUCUCACCUCCUUCAAGAUCCUCUCCUUGGAUGACAUCGAUGGACACGGAGGCUGCAGUGCAGGGACAGAGAUAGGACCGUAUGGAGAGAGGGAUGACCAGCAGGUCUUCAUACAGAGAGUGGUCCCCGACACAGACAAACUCUACGUCAGACUGUCCUCCAAUGGGAAGAGGGUGUGUGAAGUGCGCUCAGUGGACGGUACCUCCAUCACGGCCUUCACUGUCCACGAAUGUGAGGGGUCCAGUCGCAUUGGCUCACGGCCACGGAGAUACCUGUUCAGUGGCCAUGGCAAUGGCAGCAUCCAGAUGUGGGACCUGACCACCGCCAUGGAGAUUGCUGGGAAGGUCGACAUCAGAGCGCUGGGGGGGCCAACAGAGGAGGAGCUCUUAGAGCUGUUGGACCAGUGUGACCUGGCUCUGACCAGAACCCCUGAUACCACACCCAGAACAUCUACCUGCAGUCUGUACUCCCAGAUGAGUGAGAGUUCCCGUACUGAGCGUUUGUACAGCACAGGAGGAGGAGGUGUAGGGAGAGGAGGCGCUGUCUCUUGCGGACUAUUUGGCAGCCUCCCCCGUCAGACUCCACCCCCGGUAACUCACUCCAAACCUCCCUGGGAGUCAGCCCUCCCAUCUGGACCCCCAGGACCACACUCCUCUCUCCUGGCUCCCGCGUCCUCCCAUAGCACCGGCCUGAAGCCUGGCCUCAGCCUUGCCCCCAACGUCAGCCAGGCUAGUCCUCGCUCGCCCCACCACCCUGACAGGGAGAGAGAGAGGGAUGGGACAGCGUCUGUCCGCAGGGGAAGCUUCGUGGAGCGCUGUCAGGAGCUGGCAAAAGGUUCAGAUGUGACAGUGAGUUCCGGGUUAGGGGUCAUGGCGGGGACAGACGGUCUGAGGCGGAGCCUUGCAGUGUGUAGUGAAUUAGAGACCAGAUUAGGCAUCCGAAGCCCUGGAACAUUCUCUGUAUCGCCCAGCGGACACCUCACCAUCGGAACAUCUUCUCACUCAUCUUCAUCAUCAUCAUCAUCAUCAUCACACCGUAGGGCAGCGCCAACUUCCCCUGUAAGCCCCGCCCCAGCUGCGGUCAGUCCAACCCGGCGACAGACCCCUGUCUCACCUCGACGUGUGGCUGGAGCACCUCCAGGGCCUGAUGCCCCGCCUUCUGCUGAGGACCAAGCCGAUCCAGAGAGCCCUGCGUCUGAUCCUCCAACCAAUCCCAAACCUCACAUGAACGAAACUAGCUUCUGAUUGACUGGAGGCCUGACAGGCUGGGGUCGACAGAAAAAUUUACUGAGCACGUGCAAAGGGUAGCAUCUCGUCGGUCAGGACACCCGCCUGCAGCCAUUUAGCAUCCCUCUCAGGGUUCAGCUAGAGUGACAGAGGUGAAAACAACCAAUAGCCAAGUACCAAGCUACAGCCUGCUAUUUGUAAUGCUUUUUCAUGAUACUCCACUGAAUAUCUCAGGCACACUAGAGAUGUCACUCUUCACUCACCAUGUUGGACAAACAGAUGGAUCAGGAUCUGAAGCCAAGUAGCCACUAGCUAGUUUCUAACUAGCUGAUUAUUACAUGUGGUUGCUCCAUCAGUACUUCACAUGAACCUUGUGUGUUUUGGACAAAAAACUUGUACCGAGUAGUUCAUCAGAAGUCAUACAGAGUUCUGCUGUCCUGCGUACCACCGGGUGUACCUUGCUGACUGAAAUUAACCUCUUCAAGUAAACAAGGUCAACACCAAAAAUGAUCAGUUAAUGAAAUCCGUACUUGAUUAUCGAUAUGCAGCUCACUGUGGAGUUACUAACGUGAAGUAUUGAUGUUCACAGUUUAGUGCUGUAAAACCAGCCUAAUGACUUGCCCUAGCUAGCAUUCACCAAGGAUUACACUAGAGCUCAUCUUAGUAAGUGGAUUUAUUUAUUUUAUUUUAUUUUUGCAAAUCAAGACUUGGUCCCUUACAUCAUACUGAAGAGAAGAGACUAGUAUCUUUCUGCUACAUCAGACUUCUCCAGCGGCUUCUUGACCUGGUAACCAACCACGAUGUGAAGGUGCUGUUCUGUUCUCAGCAUCCAGCUGGCUGACAGAGAAGAGGAUUUGUUGAACAUCUGGGUUUGACAUUGCUUUGGUUAGCAAACAAAAGGUUGUUCUCCUGCAGAGAUUGUGUUAUUUAUUAGCUUAGAAGCAGAACUGAUGAAGGGUUGGUUUUCUAUUAACACAUUUCCAACUUUAACAGUCCUCGUCUGAGCUGGUCCUCUGGUAGUGUGAGUCUUAUUGGAUAGACAGUCAGAUAAACAUUGUUAGUCAUUUCAUAUUUCAGUAAAGAUGGAAGAGCUGAACUGUGGAGAUCAGCAGAUCUGUGAGAACGGAACAAAUAUCAAUUAUAUUUUAAAACAAAAGUUGACUGAACAAUGCGGUGAUAAACAUCAUGUCUGGUCCUCGCACCACGCAGCACUCGUGACAUUCAGCUUGUUGGGAUCAGCGCUCUGUGGCGGCCAUGUUGGGUGCUCACCAUGAAGCAAGAAAGAGUUUAUUCUAUUUAUUCUCCCCCUAGCGGUUCAUUUACUGUAACACAGGAAUAAAACCUCGUCAGAAAAAUGUUUUGAAGCAAGAAGAAAAGUUAAUUUUUUGAUUAUAUUUUCUUAUCAGGUUUUCCAGAUUAUAUGAGCAGAUUUAGAUCAGGGGCAAAAGAAAACAUGUUCCAGUUUUCACCGGGGGAGAUCAGCAGUUUCCCUUUGUUGCUGCGUUUUUCUACUAACAAGCAAAAGCCAAGCGCAGUUUUGUGCCUGUACACCAGAAACGCUGUGAUGGCAGGAGGUAAAAGUGGUGUUGCUGUGAGGACGGUUAAAGGAUGUCUGGUUCCUUCCUUUAUACUGAUGUCCCUUCCAGUGAAGACCCAGCUGAACUUCCAGUGAAGACCCAGCUGAACCUCCAGUGAAGACCCAGCUGAACUUCCAGUGAAGACCCAGCUGAACCUCCAGUGAAGACCCAGCUGAACUUCCAGUGGAGACCCAGUUGAACUUCCAGUGGAGACCCAGCUGAACUUCCAGUGAAGACCAAGUUGAACUUCCAGUGGAGACCCAGCUGUACCUCCAGUGGAGACCCAGUUGAACUUCCAGUGAAGACCCAGCUGAACUGGCAGAAUGGUGGAAACAGGAACAACCUCUUGUGUUUUGCUGCAGUUGAAUUAUAGAAGUGCCUUUUGUAUCUGGGGGGAUUUUAAAAACCAGGGCUGAACCAGCCAGUACAAGAAUGAGACGUUUCUUAUAAGUAACAGAUAAGUUCUUACAAGGAGGAAGACACUGGAUUAAUGUUCCGUUUGGAUGAUGAAGUACUGCUGUGUGGGCAGUACUGAACUUGAGUCAUUCAGGAUGUUUUCCAGUUUACUAGUCUGACCUGUUCCUGUCCUGCUAACACCUCCUCCACCUGCUUCUCCUGUGGUAGCGUUCUCCGUGUGAACUAUGGCUCUUGUGUCUCCACAUUAACCAGUCCAAUGUAACCCACUGCAGUUUGGACCAUUUCAUUCUCUUCUGACUUCCAUACUUUUCUGUUUAGUCACAAGCUUGUAUUUUCUCUGAGGUGUAGAAGUUUCCAGCAUUAUAUAGUCACACAUACAGACGUGUGUGUAAAGUGGGUUUUCAGAGCCAUAUACUGACAGUGAGUCCAUGUUGUGUUGUGGUCUUCAUGUGGUUUCUUCUCUACCACAAGUUUUGGUUGUCCUCAAUAGCAAGGUCAUGAUGAGAUGCUCAGCUUAGUGGAACUCAGCUGUCAGAGGAUGCUGUGCGCCACCUGCGGGCCAUCCAGUCUGAUGUCACUCCUGGUUUGUCUGUCUGUCUGAUGAUGGACAAACAUUAAAAAGUUAUGCCAGUAUUUAAUUUAAAGUUUCUCUAAUGUAUAUUAAUCUCAUGUAUCUUUAACAAUGUGAUGGGAAAAUGUUUGAGCAACUUUGAGUGAGUUUCUUUUUUACAUAUCUGAGUAUGAUGUGUUACAUAUCUGAGUAUGAUGUGUUAAUAUCUGAGCAUGAUGUGUUACAUAUCUGAGCAUGAUGUGUUACAUAUCUGAGUAUGAUGUUACAUAUCUGAGCAUGAUGUGUUACAUAUCUGAGCAUGAUGUGUUACAUAUCUGAGUAUGAUGUGUUACAUAUCUGAGCAUGAUGUGUUACAUAUCUGAGCAUGAUGUGUUACAUAUCUGAGUAUGAUGUUACAUAU